GUCAUGUGACUGCUAUAGUCACAUGACACACUCUGCAUGGCUGAGUAUUCUGCGGCUCUGGACUGCUGCUGCUGCUGUAAGUGUUUUCCUGGUGCCGGCAGCUGACACUCUGACAACACUGCAGGAAGUCAGUGAAAAGAUCUGCUGAGCGUGAGACACCCAGCAGCUAUCCCCGUGUAUCAGGAGAAUGGAGCAGGACCCAGAGCCCCAUCACGGAGCCUCCACCUCACUCACUGAUACAUGGGAGAGACAAUGAGCAGAAGAUCCUGGAACUCACCAACAAGAUCAUUCACCUGAUGACUGGAGAGGUUUCUAUAAGGUGUGAAGAUGUCGCUGUCUAUCUCUCCAUGGAGGCGUAGGAGUAUGUAGAUGGACACAGGGAUCUGUACAAGGACAUCAUGAUGGAGAAUCACCGGACCCUCACAUCACCGGAUGGACCCGGUAACAGAGAUUCCCCAGAGAGAUGUCCCCAUCCUCUCUAUUCCCAGGACUGUACAGAGGAGAAUCACAGGACCUCACAGGAGGAUCAGGAUGAGUUGCUGACUGAUAUUAAAGAAGAAUAUAUAGAGGGAGAAGAAGAGACUUAUGUGACUGAUAUUAAGGUAGAAGAUAUAGAGAGUGCAGAAGAGACGUAUGUGAGGGGUGAUCAGCAGUUUAAGGAGGAGGAAUUCCCUACAGAUAUCAGCACAGAUGGAUCCUGUAGCAGACAUACUCCAGAGAGAUGUCCCCAUCCUCUAUAUUCCCAGGACUAUAUAGAGGAGAAUCACAGGACCCCAGAGGACGAUCAGGGUUUGGCUGACAUCAUGAAUCCCAUAGCACAACAUUUAACAAGGGUACCACAACGGACUCGGGCAGAUGCAAGACGUGCCAGGGAAGCAGGAAAUGAACCACAAGUACAAGCCCAGCAAAGGAAUGUGCCUAAGAUGUCAGGGACAAACCAUGCUACUCAGGAGUCUAAUCCUCUACCAGCACAUAAAAAAAGGAGACAGCCAUGCUUUAGCCGGAAAGAACUAGACAUUCUUGUUCACUUGGCAAUGGAGAAAAUUCAUCAUGGCCCAAAGAAUAUGGGUGCACCAACCAAAGCGCGCCUGUGGCAGGAGAUCACGGACGCAGUAAACAAAGAGGCCCCCAUUGUCCGCACAGUCGGUGAAGUGCGCAGACGAUGGGCAGACUUCAGAUGCAGACUGAAGCUGAAAAUGCGAGAACGUCGGCUACAUGGAAGACGGACUGGUGGCGGCCAUUUACCUCAGUCCUUAGAAUACACCACUUUGGAAGUGCAAGCAAUGGGCUGUAUUGAGGAGCAAGAGUUUAUAGGCUUUGCCAGUGUAGAUAGUGCCAGGCCCCCCAAAAAAAUCCCGCAUGCCACCUCUGAUGUUGUGGUUAAAGCUCCGGAGUUGGUUUCUGAGGAGAAUGUGGCACCUGCAACCCCACCUCAACAGCACCAACAGCCUGCAGUAACAAGACUGCACCAGCAGCCUGCAGUGACAUCACUGCACAAACAGCUUGCAGUGGCAACACUGCGCCAGCAGCCUGCAUUGACAACACUGCACCAGCAGCCUGCAGUGACAACGCCGCUCCAACAUACUGUAGUGACAACAUUGCACCAACAGCCUGCAGUGACAACACUGUACCAACAGCCUGCAGUGACAACACUGCACCAACAGCCUGCAGUGACAACUUUGCCCCAACAGUCUGCAAUGACAACUUUGCCCGAACAGCCUGCAGUGACAACAUUGCCCCAACAGCCUGCAGUGACAACACUGCACCAGCAGCUUGCAGUGACAACACUGCACCAACAGCCUGUAGUGACAUCACUGCACCAGCAGCCUUCAGUGACAUCACUGCACCAGCAGCCUACAGUGACAUCACUGCACCAGCAGCCUGCAGUGACAUCACUGCACCAGCAGCCUGUAGUGACAUCACUGCACCAUCAGCCUGCAGUGACAGCACUUCCCCAGCAGCCUGCAGAGACAGCACUGCCCCAGCAGCCUACAGUGACAACACUGCACCAACAGCCUGCAGUGACAACAAUACACCAACAGCCUGCAGUGACAACACUUCCCCAGCAGCCUGCAGUGACAUCACUGCCCCAGCAGCCUGCAGUGACAUCACUGCACCAGCAGCCUGCAGUGACAUCACUGCACCAGCAGCCUGCAGUGACAACACUGCACCAACAGCCUGCAGUGACAUCACUGCACCAGCAGCCUGCAGUGACACAGUUGCUAAGCUCUGAAUCAAUACUUCAAGAGAUUAGAGGAGGAACCAUACAAAAUAUCUCAUUAUUGGAAAAAAUUUCAAACUCACUGCAGAUGCUCACUCAGCUCCAGGAGGAGGCCAAUCUGCUGAAACGGCAAGAACUCGCCAUAAGAGAGCGAGAAGUCACCAUGAGAGAGAAAGACAUGCAGGAAGUAUCUGCUCUUCAUCAAGGACUAAGGGAGAUUCUGUCCAGGUUUGCAUCACCUGGACCUCCAACACCACCACCAGUUGGAGAGACCGCCACCGACAUUCCCCAAGGCUCUCGUCGAUCCGGCCGGCAGUCUGGAUCAAAACCAGUUCAGCCUGCUGGGAAGCGGGCUAAAAAAAAGUAAGGACUUCUGUGAUCUCUUGCCACAGACUGUCCGUAUUGCUGAACACAUUAUACAGUUUGUGGGGGGGGGGGAACGUUUGCUUUCCUAGCAGAGUUUUGACAGUUUAAUUAUCAAUGAUUUAUAUAUUAAUCUUAUGUUUUUGUAAUGGACUUGGGAGUAUAGGUUAUCAUUUCUGCCAUCUCAGACACAUUCUGAGACAUAUAAUUAAGUAACAAACCUUUCCUGCUUUUGAUUUUGCAUUUGGUAAAAUAAAGACCCAGAUUUAUCAAGCCUUGGAGAGUGAUACAUUGCACAGUGUUAAGUACCAGCCAAUCAGCUCACAACUGUCAU